CCUGCACCUCUGCCCCCCACCACACGCAUGUCCUUCUCCCCCACCCCCCACGACGUUCCCACCUCAGACAGCUGGAUGGUUACAUGGGCCAGCGACGGCGUGAUGGUGCCCGGCGGAAAGAAAGGCGGCGCCGCCACCACCACCAGCACCUCCACCACCACCACCUCCACCAACCUCAACCCAGACUUGAGAAGGCCGAGAUCCGAGCCCUCCAACUACUACAGCAGUGAGUGCCAGCGAGACCUUCCCUUAGCCAAGAAACACAAGCCCAACCCCGAGCUGUUCCAGGCCAGGCCCGACAAGGCCAUGUCUGUCCCGCUGAGCCUGGAGCAACAGCAGCUCCACAAGCUGUCCUUCAGCCCCAAGAGCCUGUCCCCUGAGGGCCUCAGCCCAGACAAAAGUCUCUCCGGUGGGGGAAGCUCUGGAGGGGCAGGGGUAGCCAAGUGGAGCUCUAGGGAGGGUUUCUCCAGCAGGGGCUUAGGCAGAAAAAGUUCAGGGGACUCUGGGGGCAGCAGCCUGGGGAAGGAGAAGCUGGCUAGCAGGCUGAGACAGAGGGAACAGCUGGGGAACAUGCUGGUGAUGGCUGAGAGAGAGAUGGUGGACACUGAGCUGUUUUCCUACAGAGAAGACCUGGAGAACCAGGACUGUAUGACGCAGAUGGACAACCUGCAGGACAACAUGAUGACUCUGGCAGAGCAUAUCAUUGAGGCGACCCCAGAGAGAAUCAAGAGGGAGAACUUUGUGGCCCUGGAUGGGGUGCCCCUGGACAGUACUGGUGUCAGCAACACCAUGAGCUGGUUGGCCAGUUACCUCGGAGACGUGGAGCAGCUUCCCAGCAUCAUACAGCUACGAUCUCUGCACAGUGGACCUCUGACUCCAUCCUCCAAUCCCAGCCCAGGGGGGUCUCCCCUGAGGGAGGGGCCCAUGGAGAGGCCUACCCUGCCCUCCCCGGCCGACUGGAGCGAGUUCAUCCAGGCCUCUAACAACAAGGUGGAGAGAGACUUGGCCCAGCUCACCCUGUCCGACCCCGAGCAGAGGGAGCUGUACGAGGCCGCCCGUCUCGUCCAAACUGCCUUCCGCAAGUACAAGGGACGCCCAUUCAGAGAGCAACAGGAAGUAGCUGCSGCAGUCAUUCAGCGUUGUUACAAGAAAUACAAACAGCUAACAUGGAUAGCCUUGAAGUAUGCACUUUAUAAGAAGAUGACGCAGGCCGCCAUUCUUAUCCAGAGUAAGUUCCGCAGCUACCACGAGCAGAAGAAGUUCCAGCAGAGGCAGGCGGGCGGCCGUGCUUCGAUCCAGCAAUACUACCGCAGCUACAAAGAGUUUGGCAGGCUCAGGCUACACCGGCAAGGAGCCGCGCUCUAGGUGCAACACAAACUCAGAAGUAGUCUGCUCACUAAGAGGCAGGAUCAGGCUGCCAGGAAGAUCAUGAGGUUUCUACGCCGCUGCCGCCACAGCCCCUUGAUGGACCAUAGACUGUUCAAGCGGAGUGAACGAAUUGAAAAGGGCCAAGGAACAUGAGAACCUUCAGAAGAGCCCCCUCACAAUGUGACAUCACUCUCCUCCUGACUCUUCCUGUUUUCUUUGUCCCUUUAUACCCAAGACAUUUUACAAGAGAAGAAGAAAAAAAAACAGUUCAGUGAAAACACUGCGAUUAUUAUUACUACUACUACGGCAGCGUGGCCGACUCUACUUCUACUUCUAACAACAGCAUUUUUCACGUUUAUCUUUUCCCUCUGACGUUGUUUAUGUUGGAGAGUGUAGAAUUAUAAACUAAGGGGAAGAAGCUGUGGGGGGCAGAACAUUUGCUUCAUGGCAUUUUUUGCACUUUUUCAUGGAUUGUUUUGUCUUUUUGGGAGUAUCGGAGUAUAAGUUUAAGACGGUAAAGGAAGAGGAAUGCUGGACAUGUCUGAAAAGGUCCCUGUGGAUCAAAGGAAGAGGAUAAGACGCCAAGGAUGGAGGCAGAUGCCGGCCAGAACAUAAGGAAACAUGACAGAAGCAGAAACACAUUUGGGACUUGGCUCUAAUUGUAUUUCAUAUGUUUUUAAGUGACUGAUUAUUCCAUUUGAAGAAGAAAAAAAUGUAACUAAAUGAACCAAAAAAUCUCGGUAAUACAUUGAUCCAUUUGCACACAUACACUCCCUGUCGACAGUUAGAUGAAUACAUUCAGUAUGGUAACUCAAAAUAGAUCAAAAUUCCCCUUCCUGUUACGCUGUGCUCUACCCCGCCAGUCAGUCCAAAGGGGUGGGGUUACAUAUGAAUGUAGGAGGGGUGUGAGCAGAAAUGGGUGGGGCUUAUUAAAACAAUGGCUUAUUUUGUUAUCUAGGUUUGGAGGGGUUAUGUACUGUAAGGCAAGGGAUAGGGGGAUUCAAUGGAAUUACAAUUCUUCUUAUUUUUUUAUAUUAUUAUUUUAUUCUCUUUUCUAUUCCUCUUUGCUUGAAUCUGUUUUGUGCUCAUGCCCAUGACCGAUUUACAACUGACUUGUCUCUUCAAAAUUCUGUGUUGUCGAUUUGAUCAAAUAUGCAUGCCUAUGGGUGAAGUCUUCACCUGCGUGCUGGAAGUUAGGUCUGUAUUCUCUGAAUUUCAAUGUUUUGCUUUUGUCUUCAUGUUCAAAUGCAACUGAGUGGCCCAUGUACCAACCUAUUCUCCCAAGAGUCAUACCCUCUAGUUCCUGAGAUUAUACCUACAUCGUCCUCAUCUUUUCUUUUUCUGUUGCCUUAUUUAAUUUAUUUUCUCAGUAUUCUAAAAAGAAAGAAAACUUGCCUCUUUUGUGUUGUAAUGAUUACAGUCAUGAAGGUUAUUGUUGUUCUUUUUAAAUGAACUUCAGGGCCUGUGAGGGCUUUUGAGGGGAAGAUCACAUACAUUGCCUUGACGUCUUAGAGAUUCUUUGAGGGGUCCCUAAGCUAGUCCCAAAAUAGGGGUUAGACAAAUCCAUAUUUUUGACAAUUGAGCAGUUUCUGUAUAUAAAGAAGGCUGAAGGUAGGGAAAAACAUUUACCCAAAGGGGAUUGUAUUUUAGAAAUAUAUUAUUUUAUUCAUUAAAAAGGGGUCAAAAACAGGUAUGAGACAAAAACAGAAUAUUUGUAUAGUUUUGUUUGAAUGCCUAAGAAGUAUGGUUGUAUUGUUUGUAUAUAGUGUAAAUACCUGGGAUAAAAAUGAGCUAUGUGCAUGAAAAACAUGAACAAAGGUUUAAAAAAAACUAAACAAAAGCAGUAGUGGCUAUGCUCUGUAAAAUUAUUAAAAGUAUUUCACUAUAA